CGCCCUCUCUACUCACAGGGCUGCUCUGCCGCGCUGCGGGGGUGAAGCUGCCGUCUCGGCGGGCCGUGCGAGGACGUCAUAGGUCCGGGGGAGCAGCCGGGCCUUCCUGUGACGGCCAUUUCCUGCUCGCCCCAGGGCCGGCGGGGAGCGGUGGCGGUCUCGCUCUUGCUCCCUGACGGGCUCGGCGGGCAGUGAUGUGGGCCCCGGGCCCUGGCGACAGGCGGCCCCCGCCGUGAGGAUCUGGGGGGCUGCGACAGGCCGGGCCCUGUGCGGGGCGCAUGGAGGCGUCCCCCGCCUGCAGAGAGUUGUGACUCCCGCUCCUCGUGCGGCCCUCGGAGCCGCCCCGGCCUGGAGAAGAAUUGGGGCGCAGGGCCUUCGGCAGAGCAUCGCCCCCGGAGCUUUCUCAGCUAACUGCUGAGAGAUGAAGAAGUUCUUCGACUCGCGCAGGGAACAGGGCGGCUCUGGGCCCGGUUCGGGCACCAGCGGCGGCGGCGGCGGCAGCGGAGGGCCCGGCAGCGGUUACAUCGGCAGAGUGUUCGGCAUCGGCCGCCGCCAGGUGACGGUGGACGAGGUGCUGGCGGAAGGUGGAUUUGCCAUAGUGUUUCUUGUGAGGACAAACAAUGGGAUGAAAUGUGCCCUGAAGCGGAUGUACGUCAAUAAUGAGUACGACUUGCAAGUAUGCAAAAGAGAAAUCCAAAUCAUGAGAGAUCUAUCUGGCCACAAGAACAUUGUAGGAUACAUUGAUUCCAGUAUAAACUCAGUAAGCAGCGGUGAUGUGUGGGAAGUGCUGAUAUUAAUGGACUUCUGCCGAGGAGGACAGGUGGUGAACCUCAUGAAUCAACGACUUCAGACAGGGUUCACAGAGAAUGAAGUCCUGCAGAUCUUCUGUGACACCUGUGAAGCUGUAGCAAGGCUGCAUCAGUGUAAAACACCAAUAAUCCACAGGGAUCUGAAGGUUGAAAAUAUCCUGCUACAUGAUCGUGGCCACUAUGUCCUCUGUGACUUUGGAAGUGCUACCAACAAAUUCCAGAAUCCUCAAACAGAAGGGGUGAAUGCGGUGGAGGAGGAGAUCAAGAAGUACACUACGUUAUCUUACAGAGCACCAGAAAUGGUCAACCUGUAUAGUGGCAAACUUAUCACUACAAAAGCAGACAUAUGGGCCCUCGGCUGUUUGCUGUACAAGCUGUGUUACUUCACUUUGCCAUUUGGGGAAAGUCAGGUGGCAAUCUGUGAUGGCAACUUCACCAUUCCAGAUAACUCUCGGCAUUCACAGGACAUGCACUGCCUCAUCCGGUAUAUGCUUGAGCCAGACCCUGAUAAGAGACCUGAUAUUUAUCAAGUCUCGUACUUUGCAUUCAAACUGGCAAAGAAGGAAUGCCCAGUCCAGAACGUCCAGAACUCUCCAAUCCCUGCUAAGCUCCCAGACCCAGUCAAAGCAAGUGAAGCUGCGGCGAAGAAGAGUCAACCAAAGGCCAGGUUGACAGAUCCCAUUCCUACAACAGAAACUUCCAUAGCACCCCGCCAGAGACCUAAAGCAGGGCAGACACAACCCAACCCUGGAAUUUUACCAAUUCAGCCAGCCUUGACACCUAGGAAGAGACCCACAGCCCAAGCAGCAAUUCAGCCUCAAGGGCCUGCUACCCUGGGCAGUGGUCAGCCUUCACUUCCUGCAAGUGUCCCCCAACAAAAAGCAGCACCACAACCAACUUCAGUGCAGCCACAAGCCAAGCAGGCGCCAGCACUCCAGCAGGCAUCGCAGGCACAGCCCCAGGUCCCUUCUGCUCAGCCGCAAGCCACACCUCAGCACCAACAGCAGCUUUUUCUGAAGCAGCAGCUACUGCAGCAACAGCAACAGGCUGCAUAUUACCAGCAGCAGCAGGUGAUGCAAGCUCAGCAGUUCCCAGUGAUGCAGCAGGGAGCACCAGCGCAGCAGCAGCUGAUGCAAAACUACUACCAGCAGCAGCAGCAGCAGCAGCAGCAGAUGAUGGCCCAGCAGAAGACAGCAGCAGCAGCAAUUCAGCAAAAGCAACAGGCUCCAGCAGCACCACAGCCCCAGGCCCAGCAAAGUGCAGCCCAUCCAACACCGCAGCAGGAACAAGCGAUGCAGGCACAAAUAAGGCAACAGCAAAAACCUCAAACCACACCACCUACAGCAGUUCAGGGGCAGAAGCUGGGUUCUCUCACCCCUCCGUCCUCCCCCAAGACACAGCGUGCAGGACACAGGAGGAUUCUGAGUGAUGUGACUCACAGUGCUGUUUUUGGGGUUCCAGCCAGCAAAUCUACCCAGCUUCUGCAGGCAGCUGCUGCUGAAGCCAGUCUCAACAAGUCCAAAUCGGCUUCCACUACGCCCUCGGGUUCCCCAAGGACUUCACAGCAGAAUGUCUAUAAUCCACCCGAUGUCUCCACCUGGAAUCCAUUCGAUGAUGAUAACUUCUCCAAACUCACAGCUGAGGAGCUGCUGAACAAGGACUUUGCAAAGCUGGGUGAUGGGAAAGCUCCAGAAAAGAUGGGCAGUUCUACAGAGAACUUGAUUCCAGGUUUCCAACCAGCUUCAUCUGCAGCUCAGGCAGAUGCGUUUGGUGGCUCAUCUUCCUUCACUGCUGGAUCAGCUGAAAAAAUGAAAGACAUCCUGAGUCUGGAUGCUAGCCCUCCUCUUCUGACUGUGCCUGAUCCUUUCAUCUCUCUCCCAUUAUCUGACACUCCAGAAAAACUGAUUGAGGGACUCAAAUCUCCUGAGACUGCGCUUCUGCUCCCUGAUAUCCUGCCUCUUGCUGACCCUUUCGGUAGCACAUCAGAUGCUGUGAAUGGAAAACCUGAUGUAGCCGUUGAGAGCCUCAUACCGGGCCUUGAGGCUCCACUGCCCCAAUGCCUCGUGUCCCAGACUGAGUCGGUUGCUUCCAACAGGACAGACUCUCUCACUGGGGAAGAUUCUCUCCUUGACUGUUCUCUGCUUUCUAACCCUGCUGCUGACCUCUUGGAUGAGUUUGCUCCUGUGGCUUUUACGGCUCAACCUCACAAAGAAGAUACUAACCUGAUAGCAGGCUUUGAUGCUCCUGAGGGCUCUGAAAAAGUGACAGAAGAUGAGUUUGAUCCAAUUCCAGUGUUGAUAUCCAAAAAUUCACAAGGUCUGCAGAGGGAUCCUGCCCUGUUUCCAGCUGUACCUCUCGAUCUCUGCAAAGGUCCCACUGCCAGCGAUGGGCUUGCUUUGUACAAGACUCAGCCAGAGGUGAAAACGCAGACCAGUGCUGAGUUCGACUAUGCCACACGUGAUGGCCCUUCAAGCAACAGCUCCUUCUACAGUAGCGAAGGUGAGGGGACAGACCACGAAGGGGACAUUCUGGAUUGCAGUGGCUCCAGGCCUUUGCUGUUGGAUUCGGAAGAGGAGGAGGAAAGCUGCAGGCCGGGUGUGGGCUUCCUGCAGGCCGGGCCCAGGGAGAGGAGGGACAUUUCCAGGGAGCAGCACCCCCACACGCAGGCCGCGGAGACACCGUUCCCUGCCUUCCAGUCGCAGUCUGGGGAGGUUUUUAACGAACCUGAUGUCUUUGCCACAGCUCCUUUCCGCAGCUCCAGGAAAGCACCCGAUGAGGCAGAUGUCUUCACCAAAGCUCCUUUCAUCUCCAAGAGCAGUGCGGCUCUCCGACACUCAGAGGAAGCAGAUGUGUUCCUCAGAGCCCCUUUCACCAAAAAGAAGAGCAUGGAGGAGUUGUUGUCUCACAGUGUGCCCAAGGAAUCGCACGUGUUCCUCAGCCCAGCAGCUGAUGUCCAGCACAGAACCACCCCUGCGUUCCAAAGCCUGGAUGCGGUGGUCUCCGGGCCAUUAGCAAGGCUGCAGUAUCCUUCCGGCUUUGGUCUGCUGAGCAACCUUCCUCCUUCUGUGAGAGCAACAGAGGAGCACAGCCCUCCUCCAGCCAUGCAGCUGGAACCCGGCGAGCGCAGCCCAGCCCAGCCCAGCCCUCAGGAAUGCAUGCUGGGCCCGGUGGCGAACAGUCGGCCUUUCCGUCCGCAAGCCUUGUCCAAGUACUCCCGUCACUACAGCCCGGAAGAUGGGCCUGGUCUCGACGUCCAACCCAUCGCUGCUUACAAAGUGGUUUCUCAGACCAACAGGCAGGCCAUAGCAGGCUCUGUCUCCCUUGCCCCACUGGCUGCCAGGACUACGGAGCUGCCCGCAGCCGAUCCUUUUGCUUCAGCACCAUUUCCUUCCAAAGCAGCAAAGCAAAAGCCUUAAUGUGCUGUGAGCUGGGGGUGUUCCCAGCAGAACACUUCCCACAAGACCUCAAAACUCUUUGUCGAAUUGGUUGGCAUAUAUUAUAUAUGUAUGCCAACACAUAUAUAAUUUUUCAGUCAGAACUCUAUUUGCAGUGAUAUAGUAGAACCGUUUAGAACCGUUUUAAGUUAUGUUAGCUAGUCGGAAUGCCUGGCUCUCAGGAUCCUCAUAUCCUCUUCAGUUACUUCUUUUCUUCCUCCUCUCACUGCCUUCCCCAAGUUAUUUUGUCAGCAAUAUGCCAUACCUUCUGGCUCUGACUAGGGAAAGGCACUGUAAGGUUAAUUAACUGGCAUUUUAAUUACAGAGCAAGUCAAGUGGGACUGGCUGGUGCUAUGGCAAGGAAGCUAUUUCACAGGUUCAGGGCUUAUAGAGAUUUCCCAUUAGUUGGGGCUUCUGGAGGACAGCAAGGUGACACUUCUUGCUGCUGAUGGUGACAGUGAGCCUGGCAGCUCCAGGGUAUGUGUGUCAUGCAUGAAGUCAGUCAGUGUCUUCUGUUGCUUGUCUUGCUCUGCUCUGUUGCAAAUGCUCCAGAUUAGGAAUUAAAGCUGCAGGAAAGAGAUCUGUUGGGCUGUUACAUGGAAAAUUAAAAGAUCAAGAGUGUGGGAUUUCCCCGAAUGUAGGACCCAGAAAUCUGCUUUUGGUGUUAUAGAGUAUGUGAGUAUGUAAGUCCUGUGGAAAAGCGUAUUGUGAAGACACCUAGAUGGCUUUCCUGGUCUGUGUGUCUCACUUGGUGUAAUUUGGCCUUGUCUGCAGUCUGGUUCAGCUGGUAGAUGCCAGCAGAGAGCUUGACUUUGGGUUUAUCAUUUUGACCUUUUAUCAACUAAGAUGAUCUCCAACAAAAUCUGUUCAUGCUCCUCUGGGAAUAUUUGGUGUUCUUUGGAUAUCUUGUGCUUCCUGCUGUGUUCCCAAAGAGAAAGGCAACUUGUUGCUGAUUGUUCUGCCUUUGGAGCAGAAUCCUGAUGCUGUGUUUGGUGGAAAAAUAGUGCUAUCCCUGGCCAGCAAAGGCUGUAAGUGUGGGCUGCUUUCAGGUUAUCUAGAUGUGGGGGCUCACAGUCGCUGUGUGGUGUUCCUGUGUCAGGCAUUGGUGCUGCAGGAUGUCUCCCAAGAAAAGUGUUUCAUUUUCAUUUUCAAGGGCUUGACAUCUGGGGAAGAAUCUCUGUUGACUCUGGUAGUUUCUACUGAAUGCCUUAGAAACUUUGCAGUGUCUGUUUCCUGAGGGAAUUUGAUCCUCAUCCUGUUAGGUCAGAGCUUUGCACUGAGGAUUGAGGGCAGAAUUCCCUUUUGCUGAAUUAUGGCCAGCAGGAAGGGGAGGGUGGAAAAGCCCCAACCAGCAGGAGGUGGAGAGCAAAGCACAAGUAGAACCCCAAUCUCGGUUUCCCUCCAAUAUCUCCAGUUGCAAGAGGUGAGCCAGUGCUGCUGCUGGAUGUGUUCAACCUUGGGAUUGCUGGAGGGCAGGGAGAAGUUGGGACACCUGAGAGCAGGAGGGCUGUCAGGGUGCUGUUUUCCUGUGAUCCUCCACCAGUGGUAGUAGCAGUAAAUACUGUAGGGAGAUUUCUGGGUUCCAUGGAGAUGUUUUCAACUAAGCUGAGGCUGUUGUUGAUGGUGUUUCCUUCUCGUUGGGUUUUCCCAUUCGAAUAUAUCCCCAAAAGUGCAAGGCAUUGCUAUGUGCAAGUUCAAGGUAUUAGCUCUGCUAACUGGAUUUAGGUUCUCUGCUUUUCUUCAGUUUUUACUUGAAAAGUUGCCUUUGAAUCAAUCUGUGAAACUUCCUACAAGGUCACAUCCAAGUUGCACUUGAGAAAAAUAAAAUAAAAUUUAAAAGUAGCAUAGCUGGAGAAGCAUUCACCCACUGUUCAGCUCUUGCCCUUCAGACCUUGCUGCCCUGCACUGCCACAGGAUGAAGGGACAGAGCGCAUUCAAGUUGAGUUGGGCUGGAUUUCCAGCUGGGAUUUUGACAGUGGAUAUUCUGCAAGCACUUUAAACAGUGCCCCACAAGCUAACAAGCCUGCUAGCUUCAAUGGUUUUACGUGUACUUUUGGGGUUAGAGGCAGCUUGUUUGCAUCUCUGCCUGUGACUUAUUAAGGAAUGGGACUUAUGGUUGCAGUCAGAAAACUGAAUUUCAGUACAAUUUUUUUCUGUAUAGCAUUGUCGUUUCUAAUCUCCCGAUUCUGCGUGGCCAGUAUGGCAGCUUUAGCAUGAUGGAUUAUAAUCCAAAAUUUCAUUUCUGUAUUAUGAAGCUGUUUCUAAUGAAGGUGGAAUGAUUGUGCUUAUAGUUUUCUUUACCACCUUACUGGUGCUGUUAAUUAAAUGAGCCUGGUAUGGCCUAAAUGCAGCAUUUUGGGGUCAAUUUUCUGAACAAAGCCACUGGUUCCACCUGUCCAGAGCUGUAGCAUAUCCUGCUCUGGGACCUCAGAACACACCUUGGUCCUGCAACAAUCGUAGACACAAUUCUUCCUCAUCGCCAACUGAAUGUCAGCAAUGCACUUAAGACAUUAAUCACAGUAUCUGCAUGCGAAAACAAAAAGGAAGAAGCAUCAUGCUGGGCUCUCCAUGCCUCACUGCCACAUUUGCACAACAGCAUGGGGCUACUGAAGCUCACCUGUGGGAAUGGUGUGCACAGAGCUCACAAUGCAUCAGCAAUCAUCCUCAGUGUCACUCAAUCAGGCACGGCCAAGUGAGAUCUGUUUAAUUGUUGAAUUCUCUAUCACUCCAAAGUAGGAAUUGGUUACUUUAACUCAGCUUCCACCAAAGACUUUUGUGUUGGGGAGUUGAAUUUUUUUUUUUUUCUCUGUGUUCAUGGUGUUAAUUUAAGGCCUUUCAGUACACCAAAAGACUCCAAAGCAUUCUUACAGCAGGUAUCCUGAUGGUGAAAUCUUGUUCCUCUUCUGAAACACAUUCCUGAAACCUGAUCCAACAUGUCAGUAUUCCUAAAAUUAUGCCACAGCCCGAAAUUUCCGUUGGCCAUCAUGUUGUUCUUGUCUGGGGGCUGGUGAUGUCCUGGGGUCUCCUGUAUCCAUCUUAGGGGCUGGAGAUGUUCUGGUGUUCCCAGUCCCAUCCUGGGACUGCUAUGUGGGGUCCUCAGGUCCUAUCCCAGGGCUGGUGAUGUCCUGGGGUCCUCUGGCCCCAUCCUAGGGCUUGGUGGUGGCUGGAGGUCCCUUGUCUUCAUCCUUGGGGUUCUUCUGAUCCCAUCCUGGGGCUGGUGAUGUUCUGGGAUCCCCUGUCCCCAUCCCAGGGACUGGAGGUGUUCUGGGGUCCUCUGGCUUCAUCCUGGGGCUGGCUGGGGGUUUCCUGCUCCCCUCCUGGCGCUGGUGAUGCCUAGAGUCUCAGAUUUGUAUGGCUGUGGCUGGAAAUGGACGGAGUUGUGUUGUUGUUCUGGGUGUGAUGUCUGUGUUCCUGGUAAUCACUAUGAAGAAAUGUUCAAGCUGUAAACUUCUGUACAUUUAUUAAAGCUGUACCUGAUUACA